AUGGGCGAGAUCGUCGAUCCUGGCAAAUGUCCCGCGCGACCCACUCCCUGCAUCAACUGUCCCACCGGCCCCACGGGUCCCACGGGUCCCACUGGACCGCAAGGACUUCGUGGAGACACCGGAAUGGCAGGACCUUCCGGAGCGCCCGGAAUCACGGGACCGACGGGUCCAACGGGUCCCACCGGCGCCACCGGUCCGCAGGGAAGACAAGGCAAGCGAGGUGCUGUGGGCGUGGAGGGAGCGGUCGGCGUGGACGGUCCCACGGGUCCGACGGGUCCCACUGGUCCGCAGGGAAGACAGGGAGAUAAAGGUCCUCGCGGUCCGCAGGGCGCGCAAGGUCCGCAGGGAGUGACGGGAGUGCCUGGCGUGACGGGACCGCAGGGAGCCACCGGACUGACCGGAGAAACGGGUCCACAGGGAGCUCAGGGCGCUACCGGUCCCACCGGUCCCACGGGACCCACGGGACCCACCGGAGAGACAGGCGCCACGGGACCUGCGGGUGCCACGGGUAUUCGAGGCGUUACUGGAAUAACUGGAAUUACGGGUGCGACGGGAGCAACCGGAGCGACCGGAGCGACGGGUCCUACGGGACCUACGGGACCCACUGGUCCCACCGGACCCACGGGACCGACCCCAGAGCUGCCACUUUCCUAUGAUUCUGUUCUGACCGAGAUUCAGGCUUUCAACGGAUUCUAUAUCACGGCCAUUUAUGACUCUACGAACUCGCGGCUACAACUCACCGGCGCGUUAGCACAACCUGUGGAAAACUUCACGGUUGACAAGUAA